AUGAACACCCUCCAGGCGCUGCUGGUCUCGGCCACGGUUCUCUCAGUUGCCCACUCGAUGGACUCCAAGGCCCUGAACCAGUUCAGAAGGAUGAUCCUGUGCGUGAUGCCCGACAGCUGGCCCGCUCUCGACUACGCCGACUACGGCUGCUACUGCGGCAAGGGAGGCUCCGGCACACCCGUGGAUGAUCUAGAUAGGUGCUGCAAAGUGCAUGACGAUUGUUACAGGCAAUCCAUGCAGCACGAUGCGUGCUGGCCCAUCCUGGACAAUCCCUACACCGAGCUGUAUCACUACAGUUGUGACGAGAAAAACAAGAAGGUCUCCUGUGACCGUGAGUACGCCGAGUCAAAGGGGACUCCCCCGCUCUUCAUCGUAUGA